AUGGCUUCGAGCUCUGUUGAUCAUGGUAUUGGCGGAACAGACACAUCUUCUCUAGAUGUCCUUCACCCAGAAAUCAUCGAGACACGUGUUUUGGCUAAAUUGGACGGCCGUUCUAUUGCUUCUGUGGCCUGUACUUCCAACUUAUUACGGACUCUCUGCAACAGAAAAAGCUUGUGGAGAGGCAUUUGUAAUUCCACCUGGGACUCUGUAAAACACCCACUAGUCCAACAAACUAUCUGUUCCUUUCCUGGCAGCUAUCGCUCUUUUUACAACGAUUCAUUCCCCGUUCUAUGUUCUUCAAGAACUAAAAAGGGAGGCCUUCGCGAUCAAGUAAAAACCAGGGAGCUAAUUUCAGCUGUGGAUAUACACUACGAGAAGAAUCCGGUUCACUCCAAAGUAUUAGUCACCAAUGUGCAUGCCAGCAGCUUUCCACAAUCGUUGUUCUGUGUGGACUUGAUUGAGUCCAACGAAACUGUGGAAAUGCCAUUGAAAUACGAAGGUGAUGAGAAUAAGUGCAUGUUAAAGCUGGAAGAGAAGUUGACCCUGAGUUGGAUUGUCAUUGAUCCUACUCUGAAAAGGGCAGCCAAUGUGUCGAGUUCGAGGCCAGUUUGUGUGAAACCAUACUGGGAUGGAACUAGUAUUAAGGUCAUAUACGCCACAAUUCUCUCCGGUGAUUCCUGUGGCAUCUAUAAAACAGAGUUUGUUGAAUGUAGGAUCGUAGCUAUAUUUGGCUGCGAAGAAGGAAAAAACAUUGAACUGAGGAAGCUGAGUUUUUGUGUGGUUGACAUGGAAAGGACACGUUUAAAAGGCGAAAAGACUCUAAGGAUACUGCAGGAGGCUAUGGUGAGUGGCCAAAGGAAGAAACGAAAUGGUGAAGCGAAAGAGGUGUAUUCUAAGUAUUUAAGUAUUCUAAGCGAAAGAGAUGUUAAGAAGAGGAGGCAGAAUAUGUUAUAUUCGGUUUUGUGGAUCAUCACUGUAUCAUUUUGGUUUUCUUCGCCAUUCGCUUAG